AUGACUACAAUUAUAAAUCCUAUGAUGGUUGAUCACGAAUCAAAAUUUGAUCGUCUUACAAGGCAAUUCGAGCGAAUUACUCGAAUCGUUGAUUAUGAUGAAGGAGAAAGGCAGAAUGUUACCAGAAUUGUGGAAGAUGUUCUUAAUAGGGUUGGAUUCAAUAUAGGAAUCAUGAAUCAACCCCACUUUGUGUCAACUUUUUCUCAUAAUGUUCAAAUGGCUGAAGUGCCAAGGGGAGUGAAAAAUCCUAAAAUAAUUACAAAGUUUACAGGAGAAGUUGGAGAAUCGACUACUGAACAUGUUGCUCGAUAUUUGGUCGAGAUUGGAAAUUUAGCCAAUGAUGAAAGUUUAAAAAUGAAACCAAAUUCGAUAAUAUGGGCUCAGUUAGAAACUGCCUUUCAUGCCCAGUUUUAUCGAGGAGAAUUGAAUGUGACAGUUACUGACUUAGUAGUUUUGGAACGAAAAGAUGGUGAGAACAUUGACGAUUAUAUGAUUCGUUUCAAAAAUGCUAGAAGUCGUUGUUAUGUAUCACUACCUGAAAGUGAAGUAGUAAAGAUAGCAGUUAUGGGAUUAGGAUUUUAUAUGCGUCGAAAAUUACUCAAUGUGCAUAUUCCUGACUUGGCUCGUUUGGCUGAAAGAGUUCGCCAGGAAGAAAUUUUGAAGAAAGAAAAAGAGAUGUAUAAAAGCGAAAGGAGGUUGAAAAGUAAAACAUUUUCUCGAAAGAAAAAAGUUGCGUACGUGGCCAUGGAAUCCUCUGAGGAGGAGUCCAAUUUAGAGGUGGAGGUUGAUUUGGCUGAACUCAAGAAAGAUCUUCCUUAUGUGUGUUCUUUACUUAAGAAGCUCCCUAGUAGUGAAAAGUCGAAUGAUUCAAAACUGAAAAGUAGAAAGAGAUACAGCUUUGAUAUUUCGAAAUCUGAUCAGAUUUUUUAUGUGUUGCUUAAAGAUAAAUAG